GUUUUACCAAACUAAAAUCAACAAAAUCUUGGCUUAAACCUUCUAGUCUAUUCAUGCACAUUGAAGAACGGGAGAGGUAGAAAAAGAGAAAACUCAUCCGAAUAUUACUCCAAUCAACUAUAGAUCAAAAUUUACAAUCGAAUUUAAUCCAAAUAAAAAAAAAAAACAACACAAAUCGAAAUUUACUAAGAACAUGUCUCGAUCCAGAAAAGCCUCUCUUCCUCCUGCUUCAGAGAACAUUGAAAAAUUACAAAAAAUUGUUGAUGGAGGCAAUUAUUAUGGAGCACAGCAGAUGUACAAGUCCACUUCUGCAAGAUACGUAUCGGCAGAAAGGUAUUCUGAUGCAUUGGACAUUAUAGAAUCGGGUGCUUGCCUCCAGUUGAAACAUGAUCAGGUUACUUGUGGUUCUGAGCUGGCAAUGUUGUUCGUAGAUACCCUCGUGAAGGGGAAGUUUUCUUACAAUGAGGAUCUGCUAGACCGUCUCAGGAAAAUCUACGAGGCAUUUCCUCGAAACGCUGUACCGGAUCAUGUUGGAGAUGAUGAUGACAUGCAAAAGCUUACGGAGGCAUUGGGAGCUGCUAAAAUACGGGUGGAGGGUUGCUCUUCUUUUCUGAGGGCUGCAAUUAGGUGGUCUAUUGAGUUUGGAACUGAUAAAAAUGGCUGCCGGGAGCUGCAUACUAUGCUUGCUGAGUACAUAUAUUCUGAAACUCCUGAGGUGGACAUGAACAAAGUCUCGUUUCAUUUUGUUCGUGGUAAAAGUCCAAAGAGAUUUACUGACACCCUAGUAAAUUUCAUGGAGAAGUGUUAUCCUGGUGAAGAUGAUUUGGCUAUUGCUCGUGCUGUUUUGAUGUAUCUAGCUUUAGGUAAUUUGAGAGAUGCAAACUAUGUUUACAAUGAGGUGAAGAAACAGUUGGAAUCUAAAGAAGUAGAAUAUCCAGAGUCAGAUCUUAUGCAAUUUAUCAGUUAUCUCUUGCAAACGUUAGAAAGGGAUGCUCUGCCUCUUUUCAGAAUGUUGAGGCAGAAUUACAACUCCAGUAUUGAGAGAGAUCCUGCCUUUCAUGAGUUGCUAGAUCACAUUGCAGAAAGGUUCUAUGGAGUACGACGCAAAAAUCCAAUGCAAGGGAUGUUCGGAGACAUAUUCAAGAUGAUGGGAGAUAUCAAUAUGUGAUACAAUUCAAAGAGCCAGUGAGACUCCAUCAACCAUUUUGUUUUAUGUUGUAAUUUUGUAUUAUUAGAAAUAUAUGACGCAAUUUUGUUUUUCAAUAAACAUUUUCAAUUUAUCUUUUUGGUACCCAAAAAUUGUUUCUUCACAAGACACUGAAGCUUUCUAACAUGAUUCCUGGUAGAGUGGUAUAAAAGUCUAUCCAUUGUGCGUAGUCAUAUUAAA